AUGGAGAGCAAGAAGGGUCGAAUGUGGGAGGAUGUGGUUCCCCACAACAACAUUGAUGUUGACACCUUACUCCGCGAGGACACCGAAGAAUUCAUGAAGGAAGACGAAAUUGGAAUGAAUGGCGUACCGGUAGUUUUCGCUGAUGUCGAAGAGGUAGAAGAGCCAAUCAAAGAAGCCCCGAUCAACGAUGGACCGAUGGUGGCUCCCUUCAAGGAUAAGAAGGAUGCCAGAUUGCACUGGGAGAAUGUUGAGUUGACAUUUGACAAGGGCGGGAAGACGGAUAAGUUCACCAUUUUGAAUGGCGUAUGGGGUGAAGCGCCACAAGGAGAAGUCUCGGCAAUCAUGGGCCCCAGUGGCAGUGGAAAAACGUCCUUAUUGAAUGUGUUAUCUGGGCGAAUGACCAGUUCCACGGCCUUUGUCACUGUGAAUGCAGAGCAGGUGACUUGGAAUGGUCGCAAGCUUGAUGUUACCGCAUUGGCCACAAGGCAGACGUUUGCCUUUGUGGCACAAGAUGACAGUCUACCUAUUACGGCGACACCUCGAGAGGCAAUCAUGUUCAGUGCCCGGCUGAGGUUGGAAAAGGAUAAAACGGAAGAAGAAUUGGUGGAAAUUACAAACAAAAUGUUGGAUGAAUUGCAUCUGGAUUCUUGCGCGGAUACUAUUGUUGGAGGUGCCUUGCUCAAGGGAAUCUCGGGAGGAGAAAGAAAGCGUACAUCUGUUGGGGUGGAGUUGGUUUGUAAGCCUAAACUUAUCUUCCUGGACGAACCUACUUCGGGGCUAGAUAGUUUCAAUGCGUUAGAAUUGGUCCAGGUCCUCAAAGAUGUGGCUUUGGAAGAAAGCGCGUCCGUCAUAUUGACCAUCCAUCAGCCUUCUUCGGAAAUUUGGGAGCUCUUUGAUCGGCUAACCCUCCUGAACCGAGGAAGGGUCAUGUACGAGGGAAGGAGGGAUAAGGCGAUGCCCAAAUUUGCUGCUUGUGGAUUCCCUCUGCCCCCACAGUACAAUCCUGCAGAUUGGGUGAUGAAUGUCGCCCAGACUCAAAAGACUGAACAGCUAGAACAGGCUGGGUUCUUUCCAAUCAACGAUUUCUCCACGGAUGGCUUAGCAAAGAUGCUCAGAGACUCGGAAAUCAGUGAUGGAAUCAGUGAUGGGUUCAAUUUUGCAUCUGUGAAACAACAAGACCGCGUGGGCAUGGUGGCGCAGACCAAAUUCUUGUUUAUUCGCGAGAUUCAAAACUUCCGCAGGAAUGUACAUCCUUUGCGAACAAGGACGGGAAUGACACUGCUCAUUGCCUUGUUGGCGGGUGUUCUGUUCUUCGAUGCUGCCAAAGCAGAUUUCAGCUUGUUGACUUCAUUCGUCGAUCUAAAUACUGCCUUUGGCGCGCUCUUGCUUGCACUCAUGUCCACUAUGUUCAGUACGGUGCUACCUGUUUUGGUUUCCUUCCCGGAGGAAAGACCUGUCUUUUUGAGAGAGUAUUCAACCGGAUGCUACAGCGUGCCGGCUUACUUCGCCUCUCGCUUCGUCAUGGAAGUCUUGGUUACCGCAUUCCAAAUGACCAUUGGGACACUAAUCCAGUACUUUAUGGUGGGAUACCAAAUGAACUAUGGAUUGUUUUGGCUUGUGACCUAUGUCAUGGCGAUGACGUCCACUGCUCUGGGAGUGAUGAUCGGAAGUUCCGUGGCAGAUGCGUCUGUGGCCAUCGAGAUGUUACCAGCCGUGUUCAUGCCCCAGAUUCUCUUUUCAGGUUUUUUUAUUCCAAAGGAGAAUAUGCCAGAUUGGCUUUCGUGGUUGACCUACAUAUACCCUUUGAACUAUGCGGUUCGAUUGGUGCUUGUUUAUGAAUUCGGAGACAACUGUGAUUCGUUUAUCUGCGAAGAGCUGUUGAGACGUGUGGAUGCCAACAGCGAGGAUACGUGGUGGUACUGGCUGAUUCUUGUCGCACAAUUCUUCUUCUUUCGGUUGUUGGCAUUGUUCAUCCUGCACAGAAAGGCCCAAAAGUUCUACUAG